AUGGGACUUAUAGCCAUUACAAUUGCUGUGGCGGUAUUCACAUGGAUUACAAGCUUUGUGUGUAAAAAAGCUAAGUAUAUUUAUGAUCGACUCUCAGCGUUCCAAGGUCCAGUAGCUCUACCAUUAAUUGGAAAUUUGAAUCAGUUCCAUUUUAAACCAGAAGAGUUUUUCGAACAAGCUCAAGGCUUGGGUUACAUGCUGAGAAAGAAUCGCGAAAGGAUAUGCCGUGUUUGGUUUGGACCUGCACCUUUUGUAUUGAUGUACGGACCAGAAGAAUGUGAAGCGGUACUGGGAAGCAGUAAAAUGCUGAACAAACCAAUCCAGUACAGUUUCUUAUCGGCAUGGAUAGGCGAGGGUUUGCUGAUUAGCAAACCUGACAAAUGGCGCCCCAGACGCAAGCUGCUAACGCCGACGUUCCACUACGAAAUACUCAAGGACUUUGUGGAGGUUUAUAACCGCCACGGUCGGACGCUGCUCGGGAAAUUUUUGAAACACGCAGAAAAUGGUCAGUACGAGGAUAUUUUCCACACUGUUACAUUGUGUACUCUCGAUGUGAUCUGUGAAGCAGCACUCGGUAUAUGUAUCGAGGCUCAGAGAAAUCCACAUUCUGCGUAUUUGGAAUCAGUGUUCAGAAUGAAGGUCAUAAUUCAACAACGUCAAGUGAAGCCACAAUAUUAUCCAGAGUUUCUUUUCAAUUUGAUUGGUGAAGGCAGAGACCAAGCAAAAUGCGUGAAAAUUCUGCAUGAUUUCACUGGAAAUGUCAUACGAGCCCGUAAGGAAAAAGCUGACGCCGCUGGAGGUGUUGACAAGCUGCUUGCAUUGGAAUCAGCAGAAGGACGUCGAAGAAUGGCCUUCCUAGAUAUGAUGCUGGACAUGCAUGCAAAAGGAGAGCUGUCCAUGGAUGGAGUUCAAGAGGAAGUUGACACCUUCACGUUCGAAGGACACGACACAACAUCGGCAUCGAUAAAUUGGUUUCUACAUCUCAUGGGAGCAAAUCCUGACAUACAAGAGAAAGUUCAACGAGAAGUAGAUGAGGUGCUGGGAGAUACUGACCGGCCUGUAACAUAUGAAGAUAUCGGGAAUUUAAAAUAUCUAGAAGCAUGCAUAAAGGAAACACUACGUCUUUAUCCUUCCGUUCCGCUUAUUGCGAGAAAAGUAGUGGACGAUAUCAAAAUCAAAGGUCAUAUAUUACCUGCUGGAACAAGCGUAGUUCUAAUCCCAUCAAUGGUUCAUCGUGAUCCAAAUUAUUGGGAUGAUCCAGAGGUGUUCCGACCUGAGAGGUUUAUUGAAGAGGAGCUGAAACAUCCUUACGCAUAUAUACCGUUUUCCGCUGGCAGUAGAAAUUGUAUAGGUCAAAGGUUUGCCAUCAUGGAGGAGAAAUGCAUUCUUGCACUUUUGAUGCGUCAUCUGCGAGUAUCAUCGUUACUUCGAACGGAUCAAAUGCGUGUCUCCGCCGAACUUAUCAUACGACCUCUAUAUGGUAAUCGUCUAAAAUUCGAGAAGAGAGUCUAUGGUGAUUACACUCAUUGCAAAAGUUGA